CGCCUGGCGAUCGCACUGCGAAACAAACUAUACACCGUUGCCACUCCGUACCUAUAAUUUCGCUAGACGUAAAUUUCAUCGGAAACAGUUCAAUGGACUUUCGUAAAUCUCAAAACGUAUCAAGUACCGUGUAACACGUGGUAAUCUAAGAAAGUGUCGUUAAAUAUUUCUUAUAUAUUAGUUUAUGUGAAAGAAAAGUGAUAAAUUGUAGCCGAGCGUGUGAGAAUCGUGACGAAGUCCCGUUUGGAAGAUUCUACAUCCGUUUUAGGUUUAAAGGUUAUCGGUGGUGUGUGCGUGCAGUGUUGUGAGUGUGUGUGUCAGGAUGGCUAGCUAGCGGCGGUAUGCGCGCGAUCCGCUAGCCAUGCCGGCCGCGGUCUCAUGGCGCAAUAUACACGGACUCAGCCGAUGCACAGGCCCGGGCAGAACGAGCACGGGCACGGUGCACUGGCGUACGGCGGCAAGCAGGUGGGCGUGGCGCAGGCGCGUCCCGCCGCCCCAUACGCACCUAACUAUGCGCCCGCGCAGCUGCGACUGCAUCAGGCCUCCUACGGCUCCGCUCCGCUUUACAGCUAUGGGCGAGCGGGUGGCGAGUACCGGGCGGGCGCGCGAAUGUCGCUUCUGGGCUCGGCCUACCUGCCACCGCCGGCACCGCCUGCCCACCAUCCACCGCCCGCUGACCCUCCACCUUUCAAGAAGAUCCGCCUUGCCGCAGACCACCAUCCUCAACAGCUUAGAGUCGAUACGAGGGAGCCCGUUAUGAACUCAUAUAGCACGGUGGAGGUGCUGUCGCCCAAUCCGCCCUCGGAGCCAACCAUCGAAGAUCAGAACUUUCGCACCACCAAGGAUGACUUGUUGCAGCAAAUAUCUAAGGUGGAUAGAGAGAUGGCGCUGUCGGAGACGACACUAGCGAAGCUGAAGAAGAAGCAAGAAGAGUUAGAGCAGUCAGCUUCGAAACCGGCAGCCGCUGCGGAGCCCGAGGAAGCCCCGCCCCGGCACCGUUCCCUCGCCCAGUGCAUCUAUGCCGAUAAUAGAAAACGGGCGGCCGCAGGUCACGCGGCAUUGGCACACCUCGGUCCGGCGGUGACGUACCCGUUGUACAAUCAGCCGCAGGACACGCUCGUCUAUCAUGAAAACAUAAGGCGACAUAAAACCUUCCGGAGACGAUUAUCUUUGCAUCUGAACAAUUUGAGAGUGGAGGCUGAGAAGAGAGAAGAUGCCUUAGCGGAAGCAUAUAGCCGCCGCGCAACAGAGUGGUUGCGACGAGUAGAACGCAUUGAACAAGGACAGAAAAGAAAAGUAAAAGACGCAAGGAAUAGGGAGUUCUUUGAAAAGGUGUUCCCGGAGCUACGAAAACAGCGGGAAGAGCGCGAGCGGUUGUUAAGACUGGGAGCCAGAGUCAAGUCUGAGGCGGAGUUAGAAGAAAUCGCAGACGGGCUACACGAGCAGGAACACGAAGACAAGAAGAUGCGGUCCUUAACCGUUGUACCGCCGUUAUUACGAGAUCCAAGCCUGCCCCGGUUACCCGUCGAUGUAAACCAGCGUAAAAUCGACAUGGAGACUGAACAUAAGGAGCUCCAACUGCGGAAUGUAUGGUCCCCAGUCGAAAAGGACCUCUUCAGAGACAAAUUUCUACAGCAUCCUAAAAACUUUGGGCAGAUCUCCUCCUUCCUACCCCGCAAGACCGUUCGGGAUUGCGUUAGAUUCUACUACCUAUCCAAGAAGGCAGAGAAUUACAAGCAGUUACUUCGUAAGCCACGUCCAAGAAGACACGCGAGGCCUCGGCCGCCACCCGAGCCAGAACUGGUCCAUGCUUCCAGUGGGGUUACAACGCGUCUUCAACGAUCUCAGGGAACUAGGGUAGCUGAUAAGGACACCGCCAAUCUGGAAGAAGCAGUUGUGGCCGAUAUCAAUGGCAUCCCUAUGCCUCCCCACGCUCCCCCAUCGGCGCAUCCCUCCAGGUCGGAACUUAGUCGGACGCCUCCCUUGCCACCGUCACCCCCGCCGGCGUCGUCGGCUCCACCAGCCGUCAGCAUCGGGCUGACGACGCCGUUGCCUUCGCUGGAGCAGUCAUCCACAACUCCAAGCCUGAUGGGGGCGGACGGCGAGGCUGGGCAAAGCGAGUCAGUGUGUGUCAGCGCCAUCAGCUUGCCCCCUGGCAGCCCCACGGCUCCCGAACCCACGCCGCCGCCUGCCGACGCCGUCCUACCAACGGGAGACACCACAUCUGUUAUUACGACCACGUCGAGUCAAGUGGCCAGCAUAAGCGUGUCCGGUGGCGCAAACGCCGGUGGCAGCCAACCGCCUACUCCGCAGCCCGCAACACCAACGCCACAGCCAACACCGCCUACGUCACAGCCUAAUCCGCCCACACCGCAGCCCGCGGCAACACCGACGCAUCCACCGCCCACGCCCGAGCCAGCAGUAACAGAACGGACCAACAGCCCUGUUGGGACGGCGGGAAAUGCAGGGCCGUGCGCCGUGUGUUCGACAGGCAAUGGUACGCGAUCAGUACCGGCGAGCAAUGCUGCGCAAUAUGGUCUCGAGGCGGGUACAGCGGGCCAUCGGGUUUGCGAGGCCUGCCAUUGUCGCGUUUUGCGAGCGAGUCGCUCCCGGUGUCCGGUGCGUUCCUGCGCCGGCCCACGCGCCCAACGCCUACGACAUCUACCGCCCGCGUGGCACGAUCUACAGCUGAACGACAAGAAACCUAUUAUGGACGAGUUCAAAAUUCCAAGUACACUAAGCAAAUGCUGCCUAACGUGCUUCAAGCGGAUAACGCGGCGGUUAGAGGCGGCGGGAGUUACCUCCGGUGAGCCGUCCGAGGAAGAGGCGUCUCGGUUUCGGGCCUUGCUGCGCGACUGCGGCACGGCCUGGGAUCGAAUGGCGGCCACGAGCGGUCGCAGCGCCGCAAGCCUCAAGGCCUUUUACUUCACCUACCGCCGCCGUCUACGUCUCGACGCCGGUUCACCUCGAGCGCGAAGCGGUUCUGAUGAUAGCGGCAGCUCGGGGGACACAGACACAGCCAGUGCGGGGUCACCGCGGCCUCCACCAUUACCCGGCCCGCGGACUGACGCCGCCGCACCGCGACGACCCAAACGAGACGAGUAUGACUCCUCCGCCACUGAGACGGCUGACGAAGAGAACGACGCGCCCAGCGCUAAGACUGCUGCCAGCGGGGUGAGUGCGGUGAGUACAGCGAGUGCGGUCAGCGUUGCGACCGCUGUUAGCGGGGUGAACGCAGUGAGCGGCGUCAGCGUUUCUACCUCCAGCCCUUGUGUCAGUGCACAGCUAACCGUACGUGAUGUCGUGCUAAACAUGAUCGAGGUCAGCCUCAUGAAAAACAGCCGGCCGCCGCAACAUCCACUCCCUCCUAAGCAACAGCAGCAGCCGCAACAAAACCACGAGCUGGCGACUCUGACGGUGGUGAGUGGUGGGCAGCACUCAAACGCAGUUUCCCCCCGGGGGGCCACGCCGCUACCCGCUGAAGGAGCGCCCGACCUCGUGCUGCUGCAGGUGGACCGACCAGCUCCUUCCCAACCGGAUUCCCUACUAGACCUCACCGUCAAGCGGCCGCGUCUAGACCGACAUCCGCCGCCCUCGCCUUACCGAACAGCUGAUUAUGCUGCGGGAUACCGGGCAGCGGAGCGACAAUCGCCGACGCAGUACGCGGUAAACAAACCCAAGCCGGCGGCGUCCCCGCGGCCCGCCCUCAAACUUCCUAACCCCAAGGGGUCUAUAACGUUAGGCACGCCUGUCGAAAGCCGCUUCGAGGCGCAACGUACUCCGCCCGACCCCAAGACGGGCUCCAUCACGGCCGGCACGCCACUCGCCCCUCUACACCAUCUCCCAGACAAACGCUACUUUGACCGCCGUCGCAGUCCGGGAGGCGGCUACUAUGCCCGCCCGCAGUCGCCGCAGUCCUUUACAACGCCACCUAACGCCGCCACCUCCCGUGGACCGUAUGGGCUGGAGCGACGGCAGAUAAUGCUGACGGACUUCAUCACCUCCCAGCAAAUGCACCCAGCGGCUAGACGCGAUCGUGACCAGCAACAGCAGCACCAGCAGCCUCAGCCGACCCAGCAGCAACAUCAGCAACAUCAGCAGCACCAGCACCAGCCGAUACAGCAGCACCAGAUACACCAGAUCAGACGGGAUCGCGACACGGUGUCCGUGAUUCAGAGGCAUUCGCACACCUACUCGCAUCCCGUACCGCCACCCGGUCAUGAGGCAUUCACUUCGCUGGUAAAUGCGGCAUCGGCAGCAGCUGCUUUGCCUGUACCCCGGACCCGAGAGCCUGACCCCGACAGCCACCACCAUCACCAUCCCCAACACCAGCAGCAUCAACAACAUCAGCAGCACUCACAUCAUGAUAUCAGAAGCAGUAGAGAGUUCCCGUUGAGUGGAAAGUACGCAAGUGGAGGCCCCGGGGGCCCCGCGUCGGGCUACGACGAGCGCAGGCCGUAUGACCGUGCGCCGCCUGCCAGAGACAGUCGUGAACGGCUGGUGUCAUUGGGAGGGAGACGGUACGUUGUCGAUGAUCGCCAUCUACACGAGCAUCAUCACCAGCAGGUUGUAUCGAGCCAGGAAGAAGCCAAGCGGUUCAGCAACAACGCAGCCUACAGCAUCGCUGGCAAACCGCGACCGCACGGGCUCGAAAGGAAGGAUGCUCGCGGUCCCGCAGUGAGUUGCCCGUCGACGGUGAGCAGUUCGAGCGGGCCCCCGGCUCUAUCCGCCCCUGCCCCGGGGGCCCAGGCCGCGGGGGACAGGGCGCGAGGCACGGACGGCACCCUGACAGCGGCUUCUCUCAUCAACGCCAUCAUUACCCAUCAGAUUAGCCAGACUACGGAUCAGAGGUUCCCGAACUUGAUACGUGAAAACGAUUCUGGACCUCAGGGAGAACGUGUCCCUGGCCCCGGGGAGCGGGUUGUCGUGGGUCAAGAGAGGGGCCCCGAACGACGCGACGAACCACCAGUCAGCGCUGCGCAUACUACGAGCAUUAAACUGGGAGACCUGGCCUCUAAUAUUAUCGUCCGCGACUUCAGCAGUCCAAACCCCGCCACCCUUAUGCAUCAUAAUAACAGGUUAGUUUCCAACGUGGAACCCUAUCAGGGUAGCGGAGGAACGAGCGUUUCGAGUGGAAGCGGGAGCGGAGCAGGUCCGGCCACCAGCGGACAUUCUUACUUUGAACCCGUUUCACCGACUGAUAAUCAACCCACUAGCCGCAGUGAUAACCGUUACACGAGUGGCUCGAGUAGCGUGAGCGGAGUGAGUGGCGUGAGCGGGGUGAGCGGGGUGCGUUGCGGAGUUUUAACGGCGUAUGACUAUGUGACGGCGCGUAUCGUGGACGUCAUGAGAAACGACUCCGAGGCUAAGCAGCUACCCUUCACAGCCGAAACCAAGUUACCCUUCAACACGCCUUACACCUACCCUUACUCCGCGCUCAAUGUCGCCACACCCGCUGAUCCGAGCGGGGGUCCAGGCGUAGUGUCGAGUGCGCCCCCUCCCGCGGGCCCCGCCCCUCCGGAGCCCGCGCCCCUUAUGUCGGCGCAGUACGAGCCCCUCUCCGACGAGGACUGACGACCGCCGCGCGCCGCCGCCGCCGCCCGCGCCGCCUCCUAGCGCCGUCUGCGGAGUUCCCUCCGCUACGUAACCGAUUACGGGAAGCGUCUUCGACGUGUCCCAAAUCAUAUUGAGCCGGCCCUCGCGACUCGUGAGGGCAAAGGAGAUAGCGGCGAUUCGGACGUCAAACAGAAGAGCGUCGCUCGCUCGAGCGUCAUCCGUUUCUCGAGCGAGUGAGGGCACCCGAGUAGGUUUCUUGCACGGGAGCGGCCCCGACGUAUCGUGAUAGAGACAAUUUGUACAUUAUUAAAUUUAAUUACGUUGUAAGCACUUUGUUAUUUUAUAUUACGUUAACUAUGGAUCGACCUGACUGUAAAUAUGUAGUCUGUGGCCCAUUCGAAGGCGAUAUUUAUUGAGGCGACGACGAGCGACGGCCGCUCGGCGGUCGAAGCGUGCAAGAAAUCUAUUGCAAUCGGUUUAUGAUUAUGUAUCUCAACGAAUUUCUACUAUAAGACUAUAGGUGAAGUGAUAUAAUGUUCCGUAGAGUAGCGCUUGUGUGGUUAGGGCGGGACGAGUGGGACUUCUGGGCCGCUUUCCUACUUAAGACUUUAGAACAUAACAAGUAAAGAAAGCGAGCGAUCACGAGGAAUCUGCGCUUAGUGAUAAAUGCAACGCGAAUGCGCUUAUGAGCAUUGUGAUAGGAAUUUAUAUUUUAUGUUUCACGUAUUCACCGCUAAGCUGUAUAUUGAUAGAUUGUAUAUUGGUAUGUAAUACGGCCGCAGUCGGCGCGUAGUCUCGCUCUAGGUAGCGGCAACCGUUGGAAACAAAAGUCUUCCAUCCCGAGCACAUUCGCAACUGUCGUCCAUAAUGGUAGGCCGAGUGGUGUGACGUCGGCAGAUUCCUCUCGGCCUCCGUCGCCGGCCGCGGCUCUACCUUAGUAAACGCGUAGCUUUUUCAUUUCUCGUUACCUGUAAAUAGCGCAUUUUUUUUUUGUAUUAACGACGCCGCGGCGCGAGCCUCACUCGUAUAUAGUGUAUAUUGUGGUAUAUAACGGUUAACGAAUAUCGAGUAAAUUAUAUACAUAUUGUAAAAGUGUAUGGUUAUUAUGUAAACAUACUGUGCAUUUGUAAUUAUACAGGUUAGAUAUAAGUACGAUAGAGAUUUUUUCAGUUGUAGUUAGGUUGGCCGAGGCCGUCGGUGUGCGAGUGUGCGUGCGAGCGCGUGUGUGUGUGCGUCCGUCCCCGCGACACGCGAUGUCGUAAACUGUGCCUACCCACAUAUUAUUUCACUGACUCUUGUUAUUUAUAACAUGCAACAACACAUCACUGCCAUUAAAUAUUUUUUGUUAGAUUUUGUUUAAUUUCCUGAAUCGCAUUGCGUAUUUAAAUUAUAACUCGACUGAUCUGGUGCAAGGUGUGCGGGGAGCGGGUCGCGGCUAAACAUUGUGAUUUCUUAUAAACUUAUAAUGUAAGUAGACGAAGGAAAAGAUAAUCCAUGUAUGUCCCAUCUAUGGAAACUACAUAAAAGGACAAAACAAUAAAUAACAUUCAGGUA